UUCUGAAAUGAAACUCGAGUAUAAUGAAAUCUAUUAAUGUAUCGGAACCGCAGCAAUCUCUCCGGAAACGGUUGAGUUUAUUUGAGGACGCGCCGGAAGUGAACAUUUAAAGGUAAACGGGUCUUUGUGCUUGAAACCUGCGUUACAUUCAACCGUAUUCAUUCUAUGUAUCACCACUUCAUAACUACGUAAUGUGUUUGAAUAUGUUUUUGUAAUGUACUAAUAGACAUAUCUGAGACUGCAAAGUCUUUUAUUGUGUUGCAUCUUCAUGUGUUUACAGACAGAAGCAGCCUGUGACCAAUAGGAUCGCGGUGUAUAUGCGAUCUGCAGAAUUCGAAUGAUAGCCAAUCAGAACUCACGAGCUGAGUUAAGCAGCCAAUCACAGUAGGCGUUGAAGCAAGGCGGGACGUUCUGAAUGAGAACUCGGAAGUUUUUCUUGUUUGUUUCUUCAGUUUGUUUUUUCCAGCUUCAUUUCGGUUGAUUAUUGAGGAUUAAAGCCAAACUAACGCGGAUUAAUGUUACUUUGGACGCCCUGUAACUUUUCUCGGCUACGUUUUUGGAGUUUCUAAGACCAACUGCGGCCGUGUGGGCUGCUUGAUGAAACAUGGAGGAGUUGUACACCUUGGACAGGGAGGUGGGUAGGGGCAGCUAUGGUGUUGUGUUUGAGGGCCACAUGGCCAAAACGGGACACAGGGUGGCUAUUAAACGGCUGCCCUGCAGCAACCCAGAAUGCAUUGAGCUCUACCUGCAGGAGCUGUGGGCCAUGAGAGCCACCGCCAAGAACCACGUCAACGUUAUCGCUCUGCACAGCUGCCUCCUUCAGACCGGAUCCAGGAGCCUGAAGCCCCUCAAGCCUGGAAAACUCCCCCUGCGGCUUGUGGAGACCGUGCUCAAGGGGAGCGUGGUGAACCCGCAGAAAGGUCGAAGAAGCAAGAGCUCGUCGAACACCCCGAGGAGGACCAACUCUGCUUUCAGACUUCAGGACAAGACCAACACGGCGCUAGGUAGAACCAAAUCUGAGGAGGGGAGGAAAUCGACUGGUUCUGAUUCCUUGACCCCGCAGCGACCUCCAAGCCGAGCCAUGAAGAGGUCAGCCCAGAGGGAGUUGGAGGAGGAGGAAGCGGAGCAGGCUGGAUCUCUGCGCUGCCUGGCCCUGUGGCUGGUCAUGGAGUACUGUGAUGGAGGAGACCUGACCCAGUACCUGCUCUCUAGAGCCCCGGACACCGACCGCAACCACAGCGUGGUGCUGCAGCUCUGCAGCGCCGUGGCCUUCCUGCACGCCUUGGGCAUCACCCACCGAGACCUGAAGCCGGACAAUGUCCUGGUCUGCGUGACGCCCAAAGGCCCCAUUAUCAAGGUGGCGGAUUUCGGCCUGAGCAAAAUGAGCGGCGCCGUGGCGAACGGCGAGCGGCGCCGGCAGCACUUCUCGUCCACGUGCGGCUCCGACUUCUACAUGGCCCCCGAGGUGUGGGGCGGGCUGAGCUACACGGCGCAGGCGGACAUCUUCUCCCUGGGUGUGAUGUUCUGGGCCGUCCUGGAGAGGAUCACCUUCGUGGAGGAGGGGACGACGCAGGAGCAGCUGGGUGCCUACGUGUGUAAGGGCCGGUGGCUCAUGCCCCUGGGGGAGGCUCUGUGGGAGAACGCCGACCUCCAGCUGUGCAUCCCUAUGAAGUUUAAGAGGGCGCCGCCGCUGCCACCCCCGCCCGGCCCAGCCGUGUGUGCCCUGCUUUUGGACAUGCUGGCCUUGAACCCGGACGCUCGGCCCUCGGCGGACCAGCUGGAGGCCAGGGUGUGCUCCGCUCUGAGAGACGACUCCCACUGACGGACCCUAGAGACUGGAACGGCUCGGCGAAACCAAAUGUGGCGCGUUCCGACUGCAGCUGUUCCUGUACUAGAACCAGAACUUUUGAGGACUAUGCUAAGGGAACGUGAUACUAAAACACUCUGUGGUGUGUUGGUCCUCUGCUUCAUUUAAGGUCUUAGUGAGUUUUCAUGUUGGGUGACGAUAAAACAAAUGUUUCACCUAUUAAAAAAAAAAAAAAAGUAGCUGAAUUUUUUUUUUUCUUAAUGUUUUUGCUGUCAUAUUUCCAUUGCACUUCAAUGUAGCAUUCCUUGUUAAAUAUGCUAAUGAAAUUUGUAUUUUUAACUUGUAAAAGGGUAUAUAUGUAAAUAAGCUGGGCAUGUUUUGCUGAUUAUUUUCUUUAGUUUUAAAAGUUAAGAAAAGUUAGAGACUAGAGAAGCACCGUUGUCAGUCCGGAACAGAUGUAAACCAGACAACUUUUUAAAUAAUAAAAAAACUUUCUUCCCUCACUGCCUCUGUUGAACCAGAAGUGCAACACUACUAUGAAUAAAUUUGUAAUUAAAUAAAUGCAUAUUUGUGCUACGAUUUAGAAUAAAACAAUUCAGAUCCACCUUGAAGCAGAUUAUAAAUUGUUUAACCUCUAACGUAUUCCUGGGUGGUGAGGUCUGAUUUACCUAAACUUACUGUUAGUACGAGUCCAGCUCUAAAAACCAAAGUGAGCCGUUAUUAAUCAGACUUCAUCUCUACAGCAGUUUGAUUUAGCGGUGCAUGUUGCUGGGUGACUCUGUUUCAGAGCGAUAUCGCCCGUCAGCACAGCAGCUGAACUGCAGACCAAUCGGUUGGUCGCUUAAUUUCAAAUAAACGUUCAAAAUAAAUUUGACAUAUUUAAGAUAAUCAAUUCAUCUGAUUAACUUAUUCACCAUAUAAUUUAAAUAGUCACAUGUAAUAUACUUAAAAAUGUACUAGAUUGUGGCACUUCUGGUCUUCCGUAGGCAGGUGAAACACUUACAUUUUUGUAACUUCCCCUCCCCCCCAUGUUUAAAAAAGAAAAACAUGCAUCACAUUCUGAACUACCACCAUUUCUGCUGUCUUAAGAGAUUUGAAGUAAUUUUAAUAAAAAAAA